AUGGACGUCUCCCAGGCUAUAUCUGGCUACAUUUCAAAGAUCGUCAUGUCUUCUGGAGAUACUUCUUCAACCAAAAUGAAAAUAUUGCUUUUGGAUGGGGAAACCGUAUCCAUUGUUUCGACGGCCGUUACGCAAUCAUCAUUACUGAAUCACGAAGUAUAUCUCAUUGAUCGCCUGGACAAUACCGGCCGCGAAAAAAUGCGUCAUCUUCGAUGCCUGUGCCUCCUCCGCCCAUCGUCUGAGAGUAUCCAACUUCUGAUAGAUGAGCUGCGCGAUCCUAAAUAUGGCGAAUAUUAUCUGUAUUUCACGAACGUAGUGAAAAAGUCGUCCCUGGAGCGACUUGCGGAGGCAGAUGACCAUGAGGUGGUGAAAGCCGUUCAGGAACACUUCGCCGACUAUACGGUUAUCAACUCUGAUUUGUUCUCACUCUCGAUAUCUCUCCCACAGUGGCGAAUAUGGGGCCCAAAUCCCGAUGCUUGGAAUGCGGAUUCUCUUCGAAGAUGUUCCGAAGGCUUGCUUGCGGUUUUAUUGUCGCUGAAGAAAAAGCCACUCAUCAGAUAUGGGAAAAGCAGCCCGCUGGCUAAAAAACUGGCAUCAGAGGUGCGCUAUCUCAUGUCCCAGGAAGAACAGCUUUUCGAGUUCCGCAAAGUUGAUACGCCUCCGAUUCUUCUGAUUCUCGACAGGCGAGAGGACCCCGUGACACCAUUACUUACUCAGUGGACAUAUCAAGCCAUGGUUCACCACCUUUUGGGGAUUCACAACGGCCGAGUCGACCUCAGCAAUGUCCCAGAAAUACGGCCGGAGCUGAGGGAAAUUGUCUUAUCUCAAGACCAAGACCCCUUCUUCAAGAAAAAUAUGUUCUUAAAUUUUGGCGAUCUCGGUUCGACGAUAAAGGACUAUGUUGAGCAGUAUCAGUCCAAGACGAAGAACAAUGCCAAUAUCGAGUCGAUAGCUGACAUGAAGCGGUUUAUUGAGGAAUAUCCCGAGUUUCGAAAGCUCUCGGGAAAUGUCAGCAAGCAUGUCAACCUAAUGUCGGAGCUAAGUCGACGAGUAUCGGCUCAAAAAUUAUUGGAGAAUAUCCAAAACCUAAUUCAAACCCCCGACAUCACGGCAAAUGCCAAAGUUGGGCUGGUAGCACUAUAUGCUCUGCGCUAUCACAAACAGCAAUCAAAUGCCAUUCCCAUGCUAGUAGAUCUUCUAGUUGCAGCCGGCGGUGUCUCACCGGCACAGUCGAGCCUAGUUAACAAGAUCCUCGCUUACCACCUAUCUCUCCACACAUCUCCAUCCCAAGGGGGAAUUUCCGACAUGUUUGACUCUGCGGGCAUCUUCUCUGGUGCUUCAAGCAGAUUUAAGCUAAAGGGUGUGGAAAACGUGUAUACGCAACAUACAACUCUUUUGGAAAGCACACUGCAGAACCUCAUCAAGGGUCGCUUGAGGGAACAACAAUACCCCUUCGUGGAAGGCGGAGGGUCAUCACGAGAUAAGCCACAGGAUGUAAUUGUCUUUAUCGUGGGCGGCGCAACAUAUGAGGAGGCUAAGAUGAUAACCGGUAUAAAUGCAACAACGCCAGGGGUGCGAGUGGUUCUGGGUGGCACUUCUAUCCUCAAUGCGGCUACCUUCUUUAACGAAGUCGAGGAUGCCGUGAGCUCCUGGCCAGAAGUCACUGGCCGCAGAUGA